GGGAGGAGAAGAGAAGAGAGGGGGCUUCAUGGAAACACACACUGCCCUUAAUCCACACAAAAACUGACCCGAAUAACAUCUCACGCGUCAAUUAGGACACCAUGACGAGCUCUUAGCGUCCCUGCGUGUUUUUGUCCGCGAAGAGGAGAAGAGGAGCUGUGAAGAGUUUGGUCCACGGUACGCUGGAGCUUCUCCCGAGGACAGGACGGCUUCAGCUCAGGCAGACCCGACAGCAACUCUGUGCAAAAUGCAGGGGGUUUCAGCGACUGACCUGCCCGCCUCCCCUCUGAAGUACCCGUGUGGCUCGCCGGACGACCGGAGCGCUCCACGGCUGGUGAAGAAAGGUCCGACUGCCAGACAAUGUCACGACAAGCCCACCAUCAAACCGCGGCCCCCGCUCUCCGCCUUAUCCAGACCGCCAACCGCUCAGAAACCUCAAGUGCCCCCUAAGCCCGCGCAUCUGCUGGCCCUCGGGCAAGACAAGAAACCCAAGAGGAUCCCUCCGGCACCCUCGAGACCCCUGCCGGCGCCCCCUCCUUUGCCUAAACCCAAACCCUGUCUGAGCCCUCCUGUCCUGGAGGCGCAGCUGCAGAAGGAGGCUCAGAAGGUUGGACUGCUCAUAGAAAAGUUUGAGAACUCCAGGGUCCCCAUCCUGGGGGUGCUCCCACGGUCGCAGCUGCAUCUGUGCCUGAGAAUGGACGCCGCGUCCGACCUCCCUCCGAAUGCCACGGCAAAGGUCGCAGGAGGCUCCUCUCCCGUGGACAAACUGGCGCUCGGCUCCUCCGAGCGGACCGACGGCAUGGCCGAGCUCUCUCGCCUGGUCUCCAUGCGCAUCGACAACUCGGGCGACAUGGAGCUGGAGAACGGCGUGAAGGAGGACGUCGCGCAAAGGGUUGUCCGCCUGGACGACGACGGGGACCGAGAGGACGACCCCUCCCACACGCUCAAAGACAGUCCCGACUCCUCGCAGCAGAACGGGAAGAUUCCCAACCGGGACAGCGGCAUCGACAGCCCGUCGUGCGCCGCCGAGGGGGAAGUGUUCCCCAACGAGGACGCCAUCGACGAGGAGGACCGUUACGACAGUGUGACCGAAACGGAGAGCGUGUCCUGCUGCGUUACGCUGGACAACAAGCGAGACUCGACGCAGGACGAGGACAGUGACUUAGACGAGGGCAGCAGCGGGGAGAUCCCCUCUCUCACAGACACACAGACUGGGUAUCUGAUAGACACAAACCCAGAGGCGCACAAAUGCUCAGAGGCCCAGAAGCUCCUGAACAUCGCCAAAGAGCUCCUCCACACAGAAGAGGCCUACGUAAAAAGACUCAACCUCCUCGACCAGGUAUUUUGCACUAAGCUCACAGAGGCUGGAAUCCCUCACGACGUCAUCACAGGGAUCUUCUCCAACAUCUCCUCCAUCUACUGCUUCCACGACAAGUUCCUGCUCCCAGAGCUGAAGACACGGAUAACAGGAGAAUGGGACUCGAACCCCCGCAUCGGAGACAUCCUCCAGAAACUGGCUCCGUUCAUGAAGAUGUACGGAGAAUAUGUGAAGAACUUUGACCGAGCCAUGGACCUGGUCAGCACUUGGACACAGAGGUCCUCACAGUUCAAGAGCAUCGUCCAGAACAUCCAGAAACAGGAUGUGUGCGGGAACCUGACAUUGCAGCACCACAUGCUGGAGCCGGUCCAAAGGAUUCCUCGUUACGAGCUGUUGCUCAAAGACUACCUGAAGAAGCUGCCAGACGAUGCGCUCGACUGCAAAGAUGCAGAAAAGGCACUGGAGCUCAUCUCUACUGCAGCCAACCACUCCAAUGCUGCAAUCAGGAAAAUGGAGAAGAUGCACAAGCUGCUGGAGGUUUACGAGAGGCUCGGUGGGGAGGAGGACAUAGUCAACCCAGCCAAUGAGCUUAUUAAAGAAGGGCAUAUCAAGAAAAUGUCAGCCAAAAACGGAACAGCACAAGACCGAUACCUCUAUUUGUUCAACAAUAUGGUGCUAUACUGUGUGCCUAAACUCAGACUGAUGGGGCAGAAGUUCAGUGUCAGAGAGAGGAUUGACAUCGCUGGCAUGGAGGUGCAGGAGAACGUGAAGCAGAACCUUCCUUACACGUUUGCCAUCAUCGGUAAACAGCGUUCACUCGAGCUGCAGGCCAGGACAGCAGAUGAGAAGGAAGACUGGAUUCAGGUGAUCAAGGCCACUAUUGAGCGACACAAACAAAACAGCGAAACAUUCAAUAAAGCCUUCAACAGCUCCUUCUCUCGGGAAGAUGACCAUGUGCCGGAGUCGCCGGGUCCCUGGUCUAACACUUCAAUUGACUCGGAUGGUGAAAGACUACAUGAAAGGAAGAGUUCCAGGAAAAAGGACAAAGAGAAACAAACGUGCAAAGGCUGCAACGAGAGCUUCAAUUUCACCAAGCGCAAGCAUCACUGCAAGUCCUGCGGAGCGGCCAUCUGUGCAAAGUGUUCAAAGACCUUAGACAACAAGACGUGCCGAGUCUGCCCCGAAUGUUUCGAAGCCAGCCUCAGCCAGGAGAAUCUGUGUGGUGGAGAGCAGAGGAGAAAACCUGCAGCUGCUGAGAGGCAGGUGUCUCUGACAGGGGACAGCUGCCUGCUGUGUGGCUACCUUCAGGUGCAGGAGAAGGGGAAAGGUUGGACCAAGAUGUGGGUGGCUGUAACUAAGGUUGAGCCCAUGGUGCUGUACUUACAAGCCAGCGGACAGGAAGCCAAGGGCUCGCGUGCUGUACCUUUACCCGGGCUCGAGGUGGCCUCGGUUCCCCCGACGGCGGCCGACAAGUCAGAGGUCAAACACGUGUUCCGGCUCAGUCACGCCCAGCAGACCUGGCUCCUGAGCGCCCAGGACGCAGAGCUUCAGCUGAAGUGGGUGGAAGUCCUUUCCAAAGCUGCGCACGGCGAGGCGCCUGCCGACGUGCCGCUGAGCCUGACUGAACACAGGAAGAGCCAGUAGGGGGGCGGGCGGGGGGGUCACGUUGGAGCUUAAAGACUCGCCACCCCCUGUAAAAUAUCUGACAACUUUGGUUUGUAAAGAUGAAGUUAUUGGACAUGAUUCCACGGUGUUGUGAAGCAUUAACUCCCCGUCUCCCCGUUAGUGUGUGUGUGUGUGUGUGUGUGUGUGUGUGUG